AAACAUAUCAUGAUCCUCAGAAAGACUAGUUGCUCUUUCUGAUGCAACUUUUCCAACUUUGGCCAAUGACGACCCUUUCAAAUACUGGCAAUUGACUCACUUUUCAGAAGCCCCACUUCACAAAGAAAUGUUUUUUUAGUUACUUGAAAAGGAGACUUUAUAUACAGGGAUGGAUUAGAGCCACAGAAUUAUGUUGAAGGUCAGAGCCUAUGUUAUUCCCAAGGGUCAGUCACGUGACUUGUGUUUGGCUUUUAGCUGUGGAAGAGGCGUCCCAGUGCCUCACCCUUCUCCAGCCCAGCCUCAUCACACUCACAGACACCAGAGAGUCCAGAAAAGAAAAUGAGAGAAGAGGAUGGUCCUCAGGGAUCUGGCUCUUCCGCUCCGCCGGCAAACAAGGAGUCCCAGGGAGAACAGGAUACAACCACAUGUAGGGAGCAGAACUGGGAUUCUCCACCUACACCCAGCAGCUCCCAGCCACACAGACGCAAGUUUCCCCUGGUGCCCUCCAGGCGAGGGAUCCCGCUGAUCUCGCCUCCAGCUCCCUGGAUCGGCCGCUCGAUCACGGUCGAAGAGCAUUACCAGGAGAAGCAAGCUCAGUCACAGUGGCUGAAGAGGAUCUUCGAGGAUAAGACUGCCACCACCUCAGACUUUGGAGCUAUGACCCAGACCACCAGCAGCGGUGGCAGCACAACCUCAUCACACUACAUAUCCAGGGUGUCAGCAGGCCCCGCUGGCAGUGGGGACUUUGGGAUAAGCAUGUCAGCCCCCCACAACAGCUCCACCACUGGGGCAUUCGACUUUGUGGCUGGACGGAGUGGGAGAACUGGUGGCACGGCCCAUUUCUGGGGAUGCCUGAGUCAGAACUCCCUUGGUACAGCUGGCCAGAGCACACUGUUUGCCAUCUACGUGGCCAGCACACCUCAGAAGACAUCUGUGCUUGCAGCCAUCACCUCCGGCUUUGGAGCUGUGACCCAGCCCACCAGCUGUGGGACCAGGACAUCCGGGUUCGGCAGCACCGUGUCAGCGCCCUUCACAUCUAUGGUGUCAGCAGGCCCCACUGGCAGUGGGGGCUUUGGGACACGCGUGCCUGCCCCCCACAGCAGCCCCACCACUGGGGCAUUUGGCUGUGGGUCAGGACAGAGUGGGAGAAGUGGUCUGAAGAACCCUUUUUGGGGAGCCUUAAAACCGAGCUCCCUGGAUGGCGCUGGCCAGAGCACACCAUCUGCUUUCCACGUGGCCAGCACACCUCAGAACACUCCUGGGUUUGCAGCCAUCACCUCCGGCUUUGGAGCUGUGACCCAGCCCACCAGCUGUGGGACCAGGACAUCCGGGUUCGCCAGCACCGUGUCAGCGCCCGUCACAUCUAUGGUGUCAGCAGGCCCCACUGGCAGUGGGGGCUUUGGGACACGCGUGCCUGCCCCCCACAGCAGCCCCACCACUGGGGCAUUUGGCUGUGGGUCAGGACAGAGUGGGAGAAGUGGUCUGAAGAACCCUUUUUGGGGAGCCUUAAAACCGAGCUCCCUGGAUGGCGCUGGCCAGAGCACACCAUCUGCUUUCCACGUGGCCAGCACACCUCAGAACACUCCUGGGUUUGCAGCCAUCACCUCGGCCUUUGCAGCUAUGACCCUGACCACUAGCAGCGGGACCAGUAGGUCAGUGGUCGGCAGCACUACUUUAUCACCCAUCAUAUCUGGGGUGUCAGCAGGUCCUGCUGGCAGUGGGGGUUUUGUGAUCAGCAUGGCUGCCCCGAACAGCAGCUCCACCAUCGGGUCAUUCGGAUUUGGGUCAGGACGGAGUGGCAGAACUGGUCUCAAGAACCCUUUCUGGGGCGCCUUGAAUGAGAACUGCCUGGGUGCAGCUGGCCAAAGCACACCCUCUCCCAUCCACAUGGCCAGCACACCUCAGGACACGUCUGGGAUUGCAGCCAUCACCUCGGCCUUUGCAGCUAUGACCCUGACCAGCAGCAGCAGGACCAGUACAACAGGGUUUGGCAGCACUAUCUCAGUGCCCUUCACGUCCAGGGUGUGAGCAGGUCCUGCUGGCAGUGGGGGCUUUAGUAUGAGCAUGGCUGCCCCCCCACAGCAGCUCCACCAUUGGGACAUUCACCUUUGGGUUAGGACGGAGUGGGAGAACUGGACUCAGGAUCCCUUUCUGGGGAGCCUUGAAUCCGAACUCCCUGGGUGCAGCUGACCAGAGCACACCCUCUCCCUUCCACAUGGCUAGGACGCCUCAGAACACGUCUGGGAUUGCAGGUGAGAUUCAGAAUGGGCUCGGGGUGCAUUGCCAGGUGCUGUCUUAAGUGCUGACACAGUCUCUGCUUUCGGAGCUGUAUGCUGUGGUGAAGAUUUAGAUGUUAUCACAAAAGUUAUCUGUAAACAGCGUCAUGAGGUCAUGAGGCAGUGUAACUCAUCAACCAGAGGAGCUAUUUAGAUAGACCCCGGCAGCCUUUCUGAGACAAUAACAAAGUGAGGCCAUGGCUGCAUUUCCAGAGCUGGGAGAAUGGACAGCAAGUCGGGAUGAGAACGUUACCAGCACAGGAGCAAAAGUCCGAAGGCAGAGAUGAGCUUAUGUUUUCAUGAGCAGAGAAGAGCUAGGUGUGGCUAGAGGUUAUUAAGGAAAGUGGGAUAAAAUGACAUUAAGAAAUAGGCAGAAAGGAAGAUCAUUCACAGCCGUUCAAAUGCUUUUUUUUUUUUGGUAUCUCUGUACAGUUACCUUAAAAACAUGUUUAUUUGGCUCCCUUCUUCACCAAGUACCCCGCAGAAACCCCGUUAGAGUCACUGUCCAUCAGCAUAGUAACAUGCUGUAGAAUCACUGCUUGUCUUCUCUGUGUAGCCUAGCGCU